AUAAGCGCUCUAAAUGUGACGGCGUGAUUUGCUGAACGUUUCCCGUAGAAGUAGUUAGAAGCAGGAAAUUGUGCCAUUACGUCGUGGUUGUGUUCAGCAGUUGAGUGCUUUGUUGGUUUGCCUAAAGAAACACGACUUCGAAAAUGCUGAAUGUAGUAAAGAAGUUAAAGAAUUUAAUGAAUGCACGUCUCGUGAAAAUCUUGCCAGAAACGAUUUGCAGGAAGCCUUAAAACAAGGCUUGCUGAUGCCGCACUCAUCACGGAUGAGCUUUAUGCAAGUGAAUCGUCUGAUGCAAGAUUGGCCACAGCCCAAUGCUGCGGCAAAACGAACUUGUGCGAAGGUUAGCUUUUCACAAAUCCACUGGAACACGUCGAUGACAACUGAAGUAAGGGAUUACAUGAAGAUGAGAUAA